UGCGGCUACGCGGGCUGCGGCAAGACCUACACGAAGAGCUCGCACCUCAAGGCGCACCUGCGCACCCACACCGGCGAGAAGCCCUACCGCUGCGACUGGGACGGCUGCGAGUGGAAGUUCGCCCGCUCCGACGAGCUGACCCGGCACUACCGCAAGCACACGGGCCUGCGCCCCUUCCGGUGCCCGCAGUGCGACCGCGCCUUCUCCAGGUCGGACCACCUGGCCUUGCACACGAAGCGGCACUUUUAACCUCCGUGGACACGACCGGGACCGAACCUUUCACACCGUCCUCCACAGGGGAGGAGCCCGGCGGGCAGGUACUGCAGUCCUGGCCGAGUUCCCAGCAGGUCAGCUUGUGGGUGGAUAAUCGGGAGAAAGGAGAGAUCCAAAAGACAAAAAAAAAAAAAAAAAA